AUGACUCUUGAUAGAACUAAGUUGCGAGUAUUAAAUAUGGGCCUCGAAAAAAUAACUCUAAAAAAGGAUACAUGUGUGGCAAGAGGGAGAUGGCACGGAAGCAACAAUAAUUCCACCAAGGUCACUGAAGAAGUUAACAAUAUUUUAACAAAAUAUCCUAGAUGUUUUCAGGAGAAUAGCUCUCUUCUAUGUGAUAAGAUAUAG